AUGACUCAACAGCAUGAAUCAAAUGAUGAGAAUGAUGAUGAUAAGAAGAUGAAUACGAAUUUGAUACCAUCAUCAUCAACAACACAAAGUGAAACAGACAAAGAAAAGGAUUCCGAAAUCAAGAACGUCUCUGUUGGAUCUAAUUCGUAUCUAUUGUCAAAAAGUACUGCAGUAUCGGAGUCUACUGGAACUGAAACUCUUACCGACUGCGCACCAAGCCGAGAAUCUGCAUCCGCAUCCUCUCUCAACAAAUCCAUGGAUCAUCCACAAUCACAAUCGCAAUCGCGAUCGCGAUUGCAAUCACAAUUGCUAUCAGCAACAAGCCCGACACAACAGCUGCCACAAGGUCAACAGCGACUGUAUCUGUCCAAGCCAGACACGGAACGACAAACUGAUAACAGCCGACCAAUUCCGAAUACCGGUACUACUGCACCCACCGAAUCAUCGGCCGUGGAUGAUGAUAUUGAUACCAAUAAUGUGAAUCACGAUCCAAAUCAGAAUCAGAAUGAUGAGACUGAUUUGGAAGCACCGACCCCACCAGAAGUCUAUGUUCAAGCGGAAGUGGCUCGGGAUAUGGAUUCCGUUGUGAACCAAGCGGUAUCAGAAGCAUUGCGGGAGAGAGAUCGCAAUGUUGUUAGUGCGGUGCAUGUGGAAACAGCUCCAGAGGAAGACCCAGACCCCAAGUUUUCGAAUAAUCAUCAGCUGCUGGCCGAAGCAGAAAUCAAACACUUGCGAAGACAGCGAUUCAUCUAUGUGGGAUUUGGUGCUUUCAUUGUUACUUUGAUUUUGGCUAUCGUUCUUUUGACUGGUGUAUUGGACUUGAACCCUAACCCUGACCCUGACAAUGUGCGAGUUCUAAACAAUCAAACGAACACCACCGCCAAUGGCACGACUGCGACGGCGUCUCCAUCCUCGCUUUCGUUUCUGUCACUUAGCUCGGAUUUGCCACUGCAGCUUUGUCAAGGAAAUUGCAAUCGUGACCAAGACUGUGAUGAGGGCCUGAUGUGCAUGGAACGAAUUGAAGGGAACUUACACGAUGUACCUGGGUGUUCUGGAAAAGUCGAAGACUUCCAAUCUAUCAACUUUUGUAUUGUCAAAACACUAACAAGGCUCAGAGAAACCAACCGAUUCCCUCUUGGAUUGUGCGAGGGAGACUGUGACUCUGAUGUGGACUGCAACACAGGAAUGAUUUGUUUCCAAAGAAAUAGCUUUGAGCCUGUUCCGCAAUGCUUUGGAGGAGAAAAUGAUGAAAGCCAAACGGAUUAUUGCGUUCCGCCAGAACCCACUGCAAAUCCUUCUACUUCGCCGACAGGACCAACACUUUGGCCUGCUCUUCCACCAAGUGUUGCGCCAACUCCAAAUCCAAGUGUUGCAACAACUUUGAAUCCAACAAUAGACCCAUUUCGAAUCGGAGCGAUCGACGCAAGUCUUGGCGACGAUUUGCUUCCAUAUCACCCUGAAGCUCGCAAGUGGCUAUUGCAGACUGAUACUUGGCUUCCGCCUGAAGAGGCUGCCGAUCCUUCAGGUCUUUGGAGAGAACGAUAUGCCUUUGUGACCCUUUACUUUGCUACGAAUGGCCCAUUCUGGCCAACCCAGACCCAAGGGAGAUGGCUAUCAAACGAAUCGGUCUGCCAAUGGAACAAGGGUAUUCGGUGUAACAUGGAUGGCAAGGUUGAUUACUUGGAUAUUGUUGAUUGGAGUCGCAUAGUUGGCUCGAUACUGUCAGAACUAAAGGCUUUGACAAUGCUCAGCCAUUUAGGUUUCAGCAGCCACGAACUUGGAGGAAGCUUCCCUACAGACAUUAUGAGCCUAACGUUGCUGACACGACUCGACCUAAGAUCCAAUGAGCUAUCUGGAGUCAUACCAACUGAAAUUGGACUGCUCAGCAAGUUGCAGGUGUUGGACUUGAGGCGAAAUAAUUUAGUCGGUAGGCUACCGUCCGAGAUUGGAAGGUUGACUGAUCUCCGAAACAAUUUCCUGGAUGAAAAUCUAAUAUCAGGCUCCAUCCCAACUCACAUCGGCCAACUAACUGCUCUCCAAGGCCUCUGGGCUUACAACAACCGUUUGAAUGGCCCCUUGCCAUCGGAACUUGGCCUUCUGACAAAUAUGGAGUACUUGCAUCUAUACGACAAUGAUCUAACAGGUCCAAUCAUCUCUGAGAUUGGUCAACUGACAAACAUGGAUUGGUUAUCCUUGUAUGACAAUGCAUUUGAAAGAAAUAUACCCACUGAAAUUGGGAGACUAACCAACAUGUGGUUUCUGGAUUUGUCAAGUAAUCGUCUAACCGGUUUGGUGCCUUUUGAAUUUGGCAACCUAUAUCUGGAAGCUCUCAAUCUAGCAAGAAACCAACUCACGGGAACAUUUCCAGUCAUGACGUUUGUCUCCCGUAAUAGUGAGCCAAGAUGUUUCAUUGAAUCGAAUCGCUUCAAUGAUACAAGUAGUGUGCAAAAUGUCUGCCAGGUCUGA